UUCUUUUACCGCAUCCGUAUGGUGUUCGCUGUCACAAAAUGUAAACAAACUUGUCCAUAACCUCCAAACGCGCUUCACUGUCAGUCGCGGCUGUUCGUCGGAUCCGAUCAGCCGGUGUUGUAUAAUAUCAAAUAUAAGCCCAGUGAAACGACGGCCGAAAACAAUGGCCUUCCGACUGUGUUUCACCUCGCGAGUGCUGUCCCGGCACCACCUUGUCCGCCAGCCCACCAACCCAGUGCGCUAUGUUUCGGUGGGCCGCGCCGGACCCAGUUCGCUCGAGAUCCGGCGCCAGUUCAUAGACUACUUUACCGUGAAGCACAACCAUCGGUUGAUACGUUCCAGCUCGCUGAUUCCGUUCAACGACAGCACGAUAGCGUUCGUGAAUGCCGGCAUGAAUCAGUUCAAAAGCGUGUUCCUCGGCACGGCCGAGCGGCCCUGCCAGCGGGCGGUCAAUUCGCAGAAAUGCGUCCGUGUCGGGGGCAAACAUAACGACCUGUCCGUGGUGGGCACCGACAGCUACCAUCACACAUUCUUCGAGAUGCUGGGCAACUGGUCGUUCGGGGACUAUUUCAAGCGGGAAGCGUGCGAAAUGGCCUGGGACCUGCUCCGGAACGUGUAUCGCAUCGAUACGGACCGCGUGUACGUGACUUACUUUGGGGGCGAUGCAAAGCUGAAUCUUCCGGCGGACGAAGAGUGUCGGCAAAUUUGGCUGAGCUUAGGAGUUCCAUCGGAACGCGUCCUUCCCUUCGGUGCGCGGGAUAAUUUCUGGGAGAUGGGCAACUCCGGCCCCUGUGGGCCGUGCACGGAAAUACAUCUGGACCUGUCGGGCGAGUAUAGAAACACAAAGGCCAGGCAGCACCUGGUAAACGCCGGUGUGCCGGAUCUGACCGAGAUUUGGAACAUCGUGUUCAUUCAAUACAACCGUUCGCUUGAAGAUGGCACGAUUCGCAACUUGCCCCAGCGUCACGUGGACACGGGCAUGGGGUUGGAAAGAUUGGUUGCGCAUCUGCAGCACAAGCAGAGCAACUACGAUACCGAUCUGUUCGAGCCAAUCUUCCACCGUAUACAGAAGGCAACGAAAAAGGAACCGUAUCGCGGAAGCUUCCUCAGUACCGAUAGCCACUACGAACUGGACACUGCCUACCGAAUUAUGGCCGAUCAUAGUCGCAUGAUUACGGCCUGCUUAGCCGAUGGAAUGUUUCCCUCACAAAACCACAAACUGCGACGCAUUAUACGCAAAUCACUUGCACUAGCUACGCGUACCUUUAACCACCCGCAGCUGCUACGCGAAACCGUCCCGUGCGUGGUGGAAAUCUUAGGCACCGUGUACCCCGAGAUGGGCCGCAACCUGCCGACCGUGCUGCAAAUAAUCGAACACGAGCAGCACCUGUACAGUGCGCUGCGCACGAAACGUUCCGCCGAAACGAACGCACUGCUGCAACAGUUCCCCCAGCUAGAGGAAUCGGAAGCGCUGGAACAUCCCGGGCUCGCCGAUGCCAUUAAGGAGCUGGCACAAACGAAGCCAACCCAUCUGAACGGUGCGCACAUACACAAACUCUACGACACGUACGGGCUGGACGAGGAGCUGCUGGUGAAGCUCGGGGAGAUGAUGCACUUUUCGCUCGACUUCCGAGACUACGAACGGUACGUGCGCGUGCUCAAGGACGGUCACAAGCACGAGCUGGCGACGAAGCUACAGACACGCCUUUCGGCGUACGAAAAUCUCAGGGAAUCGCUCGACAGCGCCACGCUAAAGCCGACCCGUGCCGAACGGAGGUAUAAUUAUGCAUUUAACGCGGACAAGGGCACGUACGAGGUGGCACCGUGCAGGGCGCGCGUUAGCCUCCUGCUGGAAGAUGAAGCCCGCGACCAGUGGCACAUCGUGACGGAUCAGAGCAAUUUUUACUGCGAAUCGGGCGGCCAGCAGAGCGACACGGGACGGCUAACGGUUGAAGCGGGUGGUUCCGCCGGUGGACAAACAUUCGAAGUAACCGGUGUGACGGAUCACAACGGUUUCGUGAUGCACUCGAUCAAGAGGCAACCGAACGUGGCCCUCUCCGUUGGAGACACCGUGGUGCUGCAGGUGGACGCAAACCGACGGACGCAGCUAACGCUCCACCACACGGCAACGCAUCUGUUGAACGCAGUCGUCCGCAAAGUGGUCGCCCUGCCAAUGUGUCAACGGUCGAGUUCGGUUUCCGAGCGCCACUUCCGGCUGGAGCUUGCCAUCAGCGGCGAAAAACUCACGCUCGAACAGAUAGCAGCGAUCGAAACGGAAAUACGCACGAUAAUCAACCGAAACGAACCGAUCGGCGUGACAGUGUGCAAUGCAGCCGAUCUCGAUCUCGCCACCGUCACCAUCGUGCCGGGAGAAACGUAUCCCGACCGAGGCCUGCGGGUCGUUUCGAUCGGUGACGUAUCGCGGGAGCUUUGCUGCGGAACGCACGCCACCCGCACGGGCGAGCUGCAGGAUGUGGCCAUCACCAAUGUGACGCAGUCGAAGAAUGGUUGCUUUACGUUUCACGCGGUCGCCGGACCGGCGGCAAAGAAGGUACACUACCUCGGCGCACAAAUCCAGAACGACGUUAGCCAGCUGCAGCAGGAUGCGGAGCAGAAUGAAAAGCAGGAGGACAUUACGAUCAUCGAGACGCGCAUGCAGCGGCUUAAAAAUGUGCUGCUGACUGGGACGGACAACAACAUCCAUCUGCCGUACUGUGUCCGGCAGCGCUGUCUCGACGUAAUUAAUGCGUUGUACCAGAAGCUGAAGGAUCGGUCGCGCGAAUCGCUCCGCGAGUUGAUCGACAUUGAGAUGCGUAAUCUGAUGGAGCAGAGGCCGGCAAGCAGUGAUCCGUUUAUCGUUCAUUUUCUCGAGUGUUCCAUCAUCCUGGAGGAGGUGCAGCUAAGCAAAGCGACCCGCUACUGCACGGAUCGUCCGAUUCUGGUUGUAAGCAUUACGGACAAUCAGGUGAAGGCGCGCGCAACGGUCCCACCGGCAAUGGUUAGCGAACGGUGCAAUGCGGAGCGAUGGCUGGCGGUGGUAGCGCAACUGUUUAAAGCACAAACGGCCGCCCCGAAGGGACAGCGGGCGGCCGAGGUGUGCAACAUGAAGGCACGCAAGGUGAAGAUUAUGGACUUCGAGCCCACGCUCGAGAGUGCGCUGCGUGCGGCAAAGACUUACGCAAUGGAACAUUUCCAUUAGUCCGGAACAGUGCGUGUGUAUGUAUGUGGAAUAAAGUUAAGCGCUAAUGUUUUGUUUUGUUUAAA